AUGAAUCAUAGCCUCUGGUACUAUCAAAAUUCUGUCGUGGUUGUGCCAUGUCGUCUGACUCGCUCCCACAAGUACAACGAGAAGGACCACGCCGGCAUUGCCGAAGGCACUGUUCUCCCCCAGGAGAAUGUUCCCAAAUUCUUUGCUCAGAACGGCUUCGCUGGAGUCGACCCCAAGAAGACCAAAAAGAAUGGCGGUGGCCGAGGCAAUUGGGGCAACCUAGGUGAGGAAGUCGUUGAUGAGCAGUUCAAGUGGGCCAACGAGCGCCGCCGAUCCAACAGCAGCGGCUACUCCAACCACCUGCACGACUUCAAGACCAAGUUCGAGGUCAAUGAGCCCGAGCCCGUCUUUGAGGAGAGCAUCCACGGGCCUGAGCACGAGGAAGAUGACACCCUCACCAAGACGGAGACGUCCUCCAGCGCUGGCAGCUCCAUGGACGAGAAGCACAAGCACAUGUAA